AUGGUAGACACUAAGGUAGAUAAGUUACGUGCGAUGAAGAAGAAGCCCACUGGUAGGAUGUCGGGUAGUUUGUCGGGUACAUUGUGUGAUGCUAUUAUACAGUUUCAAGAAUCACUAGUGACAGCGUGGCAAGCAUAUCGUAAAGAUGUUAGUGGAAACCAAAGGCUGAUGUUAAUUGAUACAUUUUGCCUAGGUCUUGUCGUUUUGGGCGUUAUUCAGUUUAGUUUUAUAGUGGUUCGCAGGGAUACGUUCCCAUUUAACGCAUUUCUAUCAGGGUUUAUUGCUUGUGUAGGCCAGUUUGUGUUGCUGGUGUCAUUGAGACUGCAAAUUGGUGAGGAAUUCAAAGGAAUAUCGAAACCCAGAGCGUUUGGAGAGUUCACUUUUGCUAGCUUGGUGUUACAUUUCAUCUGCCUACACUUUAUAAACUAG